UCCAGUGUCGGCUGCAGCUGGCGGUGCGGCGGGCCCGGCUAUUAAUAACGCGGCGGCCGAGCCGGGGUCGCGCAGCCAUGGCCAGCCCGGAGCCCCGGCGCGGCGGGGACGGCGCCGCCCGGGCCGCGAGGGGAACAAGAGCUGAGGCCAGUUCUCCUCAUGAGGAGAACUCUGAAUCCCUGAAUGAGGAAAGGACCUUGUAUCCAGAAGUUACUUUCCCUUUGGAGGGGAAUUUGAACUUAGAGGAUAUUUUCUAUCUGGGGGGCGCAGGUGAUUUUGAUGAGAUACCGUAUGUGGAAGAGACCAAAAGACCUGUGGAGCCACUGUAUAUUGAGGAGACCAGGCAGCCAGAUGAGGCCCUGUGCAUUGAAGAGACUGUGAAACAAGAGGAUACACUGUCUGUGGAGCAUGGUUUGAAGCCUGAGAGACAGUCUGUGGAGACUAUGUCCCCAAAGGACACAGAGUCUGUGGAGAAGACUGUGAAACUAAAGACACAAUAUGGGGAGCCUGAGGAGACACUGUCUGUGGAGAAGACCAUGACAUCAGAGACACAGGCUGUGGAGGAGACUGUGACGUCAGAGGAGACACAGUCUGUAAAGAAGACCGUGAUGCCAGAGCAGACACUCUCUGUGGAGACCGUGAUGCCAGAGGAGACACUAUCUGUGGAGGAAGUUGUGAAGUCAGGGGAGACACUGUCAAUGGUGGAGACUAUGACUCCAGAGGAGAUACAGACUGUGAAACCGAAGAAGAUAUUGUCUGUAGAGGAGAUUGUGACACCAGAGGAGAUACAGUCUCUGGAGGAGACUGUGAAGCCCAAGGAGAUACUAUCUGUGGAGGAGACCAUGAUUCCAGAGGAGAUACAGUCUCUGGAGGAGCCCAGGGAGAUAUUGUCUGUGGAGGAGAUUGUGACUCCAGAGGAGAUACAGUCUCUGGAGGAGACUGUGAAAGCCAAGGAGAGAGUGUCUGCUGUGGAGGACGCUGUGAAGCCAGAGGAGAUACAGUCUAUAAAAGAUCCCAUGAAAUCAGAAAAGACAAGCCCAGAGAUCAUUGAUGGAGGAGAGACAGGCACAAGUGGGGAGAAACUGAGCCCUGAGGAAAGCCCCAGAGUUGAGUCAAGUCCGUGCACUGAGGAGAGCCUGAGUGUAGAGGACCUGGAAUUGCUGGAAGGCCGUUUCCAGCAGUGUAUCCAAGCCGUGUCCCAGCUGGAAGAGGAAAGGGAUCAGCUUGUUCAUGAGCUGGUGCUGCUCCGGGAACCAGCCCUCCAGGAGGUGCAGCAAGUCCACCAAGACAUCCAGGCGGCCUACAAACUGCACGCGCAGGCGGAGCUGGAGAGGGACGGGAUAAGGGAGGAGAUCCGGCUGGUCAAGCAGAAGCUAUUCAAGGUGACAAAGGAAUGUGUGGCCUACCAGUACCAGCUGGAGUGCCGCCGGCAAGACGUGGCCCACUUUGCCGAAUUCCAGGAAGUGCUGACUACGCGGGCAGCGCAGCUCUCGGAAGAGCUGGCCCAUCUCAAGGAGGCCUAUCUGAAGCAGAAGGAGCUGUUACAGCAACAACUCGAGGCACCGCCAAGCCAGAGGGACGGGCACUUUCUCCAGGAGAGCCGGCGGAUCUCUGCGCAGUUUGAGACCCUCCUGGCAGAGAGCCGCCAGGGCCUGGAGGAGGAGUAUGAACCUCAGCUGCUGCGGCUCCUGGAACGGAAGGAAGCUGCUGCCGAAGCGCUCCAGAAAACCCAGGCAGAGAUCCAGGAGAUGAAGGAGGCCCUGAGGCCCCUGCAAGCAGAGGCCCAGCAGCUCCAUCUGCAAAACCGAAACCUGGAGGACCAGAUCACACUUGUGAGACAAAAGCGAGAUGAGGAGGUGCAGCAGUACAAGGAACAGCUGGAGGAGAUGGAAGAACGGCAAAGGCAGUUAAGAAGCGGGGUGCAACUCCAGCAACAGAAGAACAAGGAGAUGGAGCAACUAAGGAACAGCCUGGCUGAAGAGCUCUCAACUUAUAAGGCUAUGCUACCCAAGAGCCCUGAACAAGCAAAUGCUUCCACUUCUCAGACAAGUGAAGCUGAGUCACAAUCUCAAGGUGAUCCUUCUGGGUACAAGAAUGUUUUCUGUGUUACGACUGCUCCCUUAACAAUACUAAUUAUCUUAAAAUACAGCUGGGGAGAGCGCUCAAAGGGCUAGAACAUAUGCUUUGCAUGUGGGUGGCCUAGGUUCUCCCCAGAACCACAGGGCUCCCCAAACACUGCCAGGUGUGUCUCAAAACCCAGAGAAAAAACACAUGUGUCUAAUGAAAAGUCAUUUAAGGAUGAAACAGACAUACCUCAAAAUUGACUGCUUCAAGUAUUCAGAAUUCAUUGGACUGUUUCCAUUUCUAACAGGACUGUAAGCUAGUCCUAAUUACCACCAGGGAUUCUGUAGGUUCCAUGUAUUCCUAACUUUUCUCACUCUACUCUAUCCACUAUUCAUAAAUAGUUUACCUAGAAUAGCAGUGAAGGCAGUCUUGCUAUCUAAUUUAAACUACUGACAAAGGAGACCAAGGACAAAUUAACUUGUAACAAGCAAAAAAGACAAAAACAAAACAAAAAACCCUCAAAGAAACAAAAAGCAACAACCCAAAACAACAAACUACCAACCCAGAGUGUAUAUAAUCUGAGGGUUGGAAAUAUAUGAAAUAAGCAACCUAUCUUCCCUUGAACUCUAUUCAUCAGUAUGUUCGCAUACUACUGAGUUCUAGAUCCUCUCAGACAAUGAAAUUAAGGCUGAAAAGGGGAUGUGUAGUGCUGGGGAUUCAGCAGAACAUGUCUUGCUUGUGUGAGGUCUUGGGGUUUGAGCAUAGGAAGCUGGGGAUUUCUUUGUCAAGCAGUGGAUAAAUGCUCAUAAAUUUUCAUUAAUUUUAUAUCUUGUUAGUUUUAUAGAAUUCACAAAUAACUAUUACAACUGAUGUUUUUUCCCUAACUUCCUACAACUUUAUUACACAUACACAAUUUGCUUUUGCUGCCACACCCAAUGAUGCUCAGGGGUUACUCCUGGCUCUGCAUUCAGGAAAUUACUCCUGGCAUUGCUCAGGGGACCAUGUGGGAUACUGGGGAUUGAACGUGGAUCAGCUGUGUGCAAGGCAAACUCCCUACCCACUGUACUAUCUAUCACUCGGCCCCUUUAUCUAUGUUUUAUCCAGGCCUAACUAACUAUACUUACUGUUUGGGAAAGUCAUCCCUAAGUACUCUCAAAUUUCUUCCCCAACAUAGCCUGUCCAAACUAACUUCAAAAUUUACUUGUUAAACUUUAUGUAUUUUAGGCAAGUUGCACAAGUACAAACUUACUUUUUUCUCUCAAUCUUACAGGGGCUGUUUAGAAACAUAUUGAAAAGUCGCAACCCAGAAACAACAAAGCCUUCUUUGCAAAGGAUCUCUAUGUACUUUUAUCCUAACAGAAAGGAGUGCUGGGGUUUUGGCGAGCAAUUCACCCUGGGAAAGUUACAAAUAAUGCUGACUGGUUUAAAAAGAUAUUAGGGCUGGCUAGAGAUGAGAAUACCAGCUCUUGGCUAGAUUCUAUUUUGUAGCUGCUGAUACUGAUCUCAAAGCAGACAGAAAUGGGUAUCCCAUCCUACAGCAAACCUCUAAUACGCCAAAGGAUGAAUGUAUGGACACAUCUUACAGCCAAGAAUGUAUUUUACCUGCUAUGAACCCAAACCAAAGAAGAAAUAAAAAAGAAAUUUUUUUUCAGCACGGGGGGGGGGUUGUCAAAAAAGGCAGAUUUCUAGACUAACAACUUCAAUUCUUUUGUGCCAUGGGUUAACUUUAAAUGAAUCCUUUUACAGCAUAUUUUGAAGUCUAAACUGUCUCAUGUGGUAUACUCUUAUGUCAUAGUAACUUUCACUAUCCACUAAGAGAUUGCUGUUUUGGAAAGAAGCCAAUCCAGAUUUAAACCUUACGGUUGGGCCAGAGCUACAGCAUAGCGGAUAGGGCAUUUACCUUGCAUGUGGCCAACCUGAGUUCAAUUCCAGCACCCCAUAUGGUUCUUCAAGCACUGCCAAGAGUAAUUCCUGAGUGUAAACCCAGGAGUAACCCCCGAGCAUUGCCAGGUACGGCCCCAAAACAAGAUCCGGUGUUAGAAAAGAUCUACUCAGUUAAAUCAAAUGAUUGGCAAAGAACCAGAAUUUUAUCUGGUUUUUAUACUUGGUGGUAAGAGCUUGCUUUCAAGAAUUUUAUUAUUUUCAAUCUCUAAUGACAGGCCCCAGUGAACAACAGACUGGGGGAAGUUCAACCUCUCUGAGAGAAGUUUCAAACACCUUUUCCAAAUUAAAUUUUGCCUUAAAUUUUCUGCCAUGCUGCCUUUGACAUUCUUCAGUCAUGUAGACCUCUAGAAAAACACUUCUAAAGAUAGUAUUUUGUUCAAGAUUCAUCCGUGUGCCUCUGAUUCAAUGUUUUAUGUCUUUUGCUUUCCCUAGGAAGGAGUAAAGCUCUUUUAUACAGCA